ACAGAUAUGACUCAUGUUAUGCUGGAAGUAGUGGGAAUGACUUGUCAGUCUUGUGUCAAGGCCAUCAACACUGCCUUGUCUGUUCUGCCUGGUAUUCACUCUUACUCUGUGUCAUUGGAAACUAACUCGGCCUCUGUCUACUACGAUCAAGGGUUGGUCUCUUCAAAUGAUAUCAUCGAAGCUAUCGAUGAGUGUGGCUUUGCAGUAGCCCUGAAUUCUGAAUUGGCUUGUAUGCCAAAUACUAUCCAAAAGCACUCGCAAGUCUGUUUGUCCAUUCGAGGCAUGACUUGCGAAUCGUGUGUCAAUUCCAUCACAAAUAUCUUGAUCACCAUGUCGGGUGUGUUGUCUGUCUUGGUGUCUUUAUCUUCCGAAUCGGCUGUCAUCAAAUUUGAUCCCGUUUUGGCUUCGCAUCACGAAUUUGUCACUGCCAUCGAAGAUGCUGGUUUCGAUGCUUCCGUCGUUACAAUCUCUCAUGAUAUAAAUGACUCGUCUUUCGACUCGUCUUUUGAUCAUACUUCAAAUCCUAAACCAUCUGUACAGGGUAUGACCUGUGCAAGCUGUGUUGCCUCUAUAGAACGCCAUCUUCAAUCCCAACUCGGUAUCGUGUCUUGCAAAGUCGCUCUUUCGUUGGAACGUGCCGAAGUCGAAUUCGAUCCCUCUGUCUUGAGUGAACAAAACAUCUCUGAAAUGAUCAACGAUAUUGGAUUCGAAGCUCGUACGCUUGUCUUGUCUGAUAUCGGUACUGUUGAUUUGGGUAUUCUAGGCAUGACGUGUGGUAGUUGCUCUGGAAAAAUUGAAAGAGAAGUGUCAAAACUUGCUGGAAUGUCUAAAGUCUCCAUCAAUCUGUUGGGUCAGUCUGGAAAAUUCGAAUACAAAAAGAAUCUGAUUGGCGUACGGGAUAUUGUUGACAAAAUUGAAGCUCUUGGGUUUCAUGCUGUUAUUGCCGAGGCUGGAUCUCAUUUACAAGUAGAAUCUCUUUCUAGAACUCGUGAAAUUCGUAAAUGGCGAAAGGCUUUUUGGACAUCAUUCUACCUUGCUAUUCCCGUUUCGUUUACUUCCAUGAUCCUUCCUAUGCUCAUACCUGAUAUCAUCGACAUUGAUGUUAUUUUUCCUGGUCUGAAGCUUGGUGAUUUGAUCAUGAUGCUAUUUACAAUUCCUAUCCAAUUUGGAACGGGUCAACAGUUUUACAGGGCUUCGUACAAGGCCUUGAAGCAUAACAGCUACACCAUGGAUGUGCUGGUGACUCUUGGCACAACCCUUGCAUUCGCAUUUUCAAUCCUUUCCAUGCUCAAUACUAUUGUUCGAGGCGGUACUCCUCGUGCACAGGUGUUUUUUGAAACAUCAUCUACGCUUAUAACAUUUGUUAUGCUGGGUCGGUAUCUUGAAAACAUGGCCAAAGCAAAAACGGGUAGUGCACUAUCUAAACUCAUGUCGCUUGCUCCAUCUAAAGCAACAUUACUGGAAACAAACAAAACUACGGGUGUGCUGUCCGAGCGAGAGCUGCCUAGUGAUUUGAUCAAGGUUGGAGACUUGCUAAAAAUUGUUCCUGGUGAUCGUAUUCCUGCUGAUGGAACAGUCGAGUUUGGUGUGACUGAAAUUGACGAAUCGCUCAUCACGGGUGAACCUGUUCCAGUCACCAAAUAUGUCAAGGAUAAAGUCAUUACUGGAACCGUAAAUGGAUCGGGUAUGGUUUACAUUCGCGCUGACCGUGUCGGUAACGAUACAACUCUUUCCCAAAUUGUAAAGCUUGUUAGUGAUGCUCAAACAUCCAAAGCUCCAAUUCAAAACAUUGCCGACAAGAUUGCUGGCAUCUUUGUUCCCACUGUCAUUUUUCUUGGUGCUGCCACAUUUAUCAUGUGGAUAUGUAUUAUUCAAGCGACACAAUGGAUCCCUGCGAGUUUUCCUGCCGACAGUCAUUGGUUGUUUGUAUGCUUGAGCAUGUGCAUUUCUGUGAUUGUUGUUGCUUGUCCAUGCGCUUUGGGUCUUGCUACACCCACUGCAGUGAUGGUAGGAACGGGUGUGGGUGCAAAACUGGGUAUUUUAAUCAAGGGCGGCGGUCCACUUGAAAUGGCUCACAAGAUUUCAAAAAUUGUAUUCGACAAAACAGGCACAUUGACCAAAGGAAAAAUGAGUCUUGUUGAAAUGUGUGUGUAUCCUAUUCCAGAUAUUCCCAAAUUAACCGAGAAAAUGCUACUGGGAAUGGUGGGUGCUGCUGAAAACAAUUCUGAGCAUCCACUAGGAAAAAGCAUUGCUAUCCAUGCCCGACAACGAUUGAUGCUACCCCAGCAUGCGGCAUUUUCAGAAACAAUUUCCGACUUUCAUGCUGUACCUGGAUCUGGCAUUUCUUGUCAUGUAUCCAAUACUGCUUUCUCAAAAACCGAGUCUUAUGUCCUUCAAAUUGGAUCUCACCAGUAUCUAUCCAAGCAACAUCACAUACAGUUCACUGAUGUACACAUGGCAACCAAAGUAAAACACGAAAAACAAGGACGGACUGUUAUCUUUGCAGCAGUGAAUGGUCAUCUAGCUGGCCUGUUUGCUUUAGCAGACAUACUCAAGUCUGAAUCAUUGUUGGUUGUACGAGCUCUUCAGCGCAUGAAGGUUCAGGUGGCCAUGGUUACAGGAGAUCAAGAAUAUACUGCUCACGCUAUUGCUAAACAAUGUGGCAUUACAGAAGUGCACUUUGGGACUUCUCCACAAGGUAAAAAGCGACUGAUUGAAGCCAUGCAAAACGAGGGACAUAUUGUAGCCAUGGUAGGCGAUGGGAUCAAUGAUUCUGCCUCGCUGGCACAAUCUGAUAUGGGCAUUGCAGUCUAUGGUGGAACGGAUGUAGCGGUUGAAGCUGCCAGUGUAGUUCUUAUGAGACCGGAUUUGACUGAUGUCGUGACUGCAAUGGAUUUAUCACGAACGAUUUUCAGACGAAUUUGGAUUAAUUUUAUAUGGGCUAGUGUAUAUAACAUGUGUAUGAUUCCUCUUGCAAUGGGAAUAGGCACACCUUGGGGCAUCACACUCCCAGCCAUGGUAUCUGGGUUGGCAAUGUCAAUGAGCUCUGUCUCGGUUGUCGUGUCAUCGUUACUUUUACGAAACUAUCAACGUCCA